AUGCGUUCCGCUACGUUCAAACGAGCGGUCUCGAUCCCCCACCUCCCUGCCCCCCGGACACUGAGCACCUCCCUACCCCGCUUCGCUGCUGCUGCUGCUGCUGCCGCUGCUCCCGCCGCCGCCGCUGCGCCAAAAGGGGCCGCAGUCCCCGCCCGGCCGUACACCCGCAAAGUACCCACCGCCGCCCCUUCCCUUCGGCCUGUCCGGGCAUCCGCCGCUGCCCCAUCUCGGGCCGCAACAACUCGCGCUCCUGCUCCUGCUCCUAUGGCCGCCGCACCUGCACCAGUAGUAGACGCAUCCUUCGAUCUCUUCGAUGGGGUAGAAGAUGACUAUUCUCUUCCGGACGUGUCGGCCGGUAUAGAUGACUAUGCAGCCCUCGCCCCUCCCCCUUCUUCCCCUGCCGUCGUACGCCGUGCCCGUACAUCUGCACCAGCACCAGCACCAUCAGCGGAACAGCCUACUCCGUCCCCUCCACUCUCCGCCCUCCCCGUCGGUCCCUCCACACUCCCGAUCGUAGCAUCUCGACAGCCGGACAUUAUGGGCGAAGCGCCCGCAGGUGGGAUCAUGGGCGAAGGGGAGCAAGAUUGGAGUACGAGCUAUGCGGGGCUGGGGCAACGGCCGUUCCCUAAAGAAGUGGGGGACGCGCUGUUGAAGGGGUUGGAUCCGAAGGAUGUGGAGGUGAAGCCUGAUGGGCUGCUAUACCUUCCUGAGAUCAAGUAUAGGCGGACAUUGAACAUGGCGUUUGGGCCAGGCGGAUGGGGUUUGGCGCCGAGAGGAGAAACGAAUGUCGGUCCGAGGAUCGUCAGCAGGGAAUGGGGAUUGAUUGCGCUGGGACGACUCGUCUCUGUUGCCCGAGGCGAACAAGAGUACUUUGAUCCUUCAGGCAUCCCGACCGCUACCGAGGCGUGCAAGAGUAACGCUCUGAUGCGGUGCUGCAAAGACUUGGGGAUUGCGAGCGAAUUAUGGGACCCCAGAUUCAUUCGCGAGUUCAAGGCCAAGUACUGCGUCGAGGUGUUCACGGAGCAUAUGGUCAAUAGGCGGAAGAAGAAGAUGUGGAGGAAGAAGGACGCAAAGUUCGACUAUCCGUACAAGGAGGGAUAG